CGUUAUCUUAUUAUCAUCGCCCGAAAUCGUCCGGUACCCGACCCGACCGACCCGUUGAAAUGACCCGACCCGGUUAAAUAGAGAAGACACAGAUAACUUGUCGCCGAGGAUUUCUCUCGCUCGUCUUCCUUUUCUCCGGUCCGUUUUGAGGGAAGUAGUAGAAGACGGCGACCGGUUUAGCGAUGAACCGAUGCUCAAUUUCGGUAUGCAGAACGGCCGAUGUUUUACUAAACCGGCCAACGGUCUCCGUCGUCAGGAAUUUGAAAUUCAAUCGCCGGCUAAUCGGAAUCUGCUCGAUUGCGUCGGCGGCUCCUUUCGUCGGCGCGGAGGACGAGAAGUACGGUAACAAACAGGUCAUCAGCCUCACUCCUCGCCUCUACGACUAUAUCCUCUCCAACGUUCGCGAGCCUGAGAUUCUCAAGCAACUUCGUGAAGAGACUGCGAAGAUGCGAGGUAGUCAGAUGCAGGUAUCUCCUGAUCAAGCACAGUUACUAGCAAUGCUUGUACAGAUUCUUGGAGCUGAGAGGUGCAUCGAAGUCGGAGUUUACACGGGGUAUUCAUCAUUGGCUGUGGCGUUGGCUCUACCAGAAUCAGGACGUCUUGUUGCCUGUGAGAGAGACUCUAACUCUCUUGAAGUUGCUCAGAGGUAUUACGAGCUUGCUGGUGUCUCGCACAAGGUUAUUGUGAAACAUGGCCUUGCAGCUGAGUCAUUGAAAUCGUUGAUUGAGAACGGUGAAGGAUCCAGCUAUGAUUUUGCAUUUGUCGAUGCUGAUAAGAGGAUGUACCAGGACUACUUCGAAUUGCUUCUUCAACUUGUCAGGGUUGGUGGAGUCAUCGUGUUGGAUAAUGUUCUUUGGCAUGGACGAGUCGCGGAUCCUAUGGUGAAUGAUGCGAAGACCAUCAGCAUUAGGAAUUUCAACAAAAAUUUAAUGGAUGACGAACGUGUAAGCAUUAGUAUGGUACCAAUUGGUGAUGGCAUGACGAUAUGUCGCAAGAGAUAAAAAAAAAACAUUUGGAUCCCAGUGAACCUGAUCCAAGAGAGAAGUCUUUAAGCAUAAGAGUAUCAAUGAAGCCGAGCGCAUCACUGUCUGUAAACGUUCUUUUGUUUGGACACGACUCACAGUUCUCACUGCAUUCUAGCAAAGAAAGCGUCGGGCACAGAGAACCCUGAUCAGCUUGGGAAGGCCCAACACAUAUUUAGUUACUAUGCUCUUUCGACAUUUUGGACGUUCUGAUUACUUGAAAACAAAAGUUUAAUUAAUGUUGAUCUUGCAUAACCUUAAACACUAAUGGAGUAAUGGGACUGAGCAAA